AAAUUGGUGCACACCAAGACAUCGCCAAGCCAAAGAGCAAGAAGUCGCCUUAUCGAGUUGCUGUUGUAACUCUCAGAAGACCAUAUUGUCCUCCUCUCUAGUGCAUGUGGCCAAUGAGACAUCCAGCAGCUGAUUGAUCAUCAAGAAGAAUGUCCCCUCAGCCAAAGGGUGGGAGCUCCACUUUGGAGCAGCCAGAGCGACAGCCUAUUAAAGAGGAAGAGGAGGAGCCACGGCCCACCCACAUUAAAAAGGAAGAGGAGGAGCCACAGCCCCCCUGUGUUAAAGAGGAAGAGGAGGACCCACAGUCCCCCUAUGUUAAAGAGGAAGAGGAAGAACUCUCAAUCACUCAGGAGGGAGAGCAUCUUCUCGGGCCAGAGGAGGCUAAUCUUGCCAGGUUGCCACUGACUGGUGUCUCUGUGAAGAGUGAAGACCAUGAAGACAAACCACCUGAGCUCUCACAGCUUCAUCAUAGUCCAAGUGAGGAGAUGAGAGAGGCGGAGCCUUCAUGCAGCAGCUCACUGCAACACAUGACAACAGAAGCUGAUGGAGACCACUGUGGAGGAUCACAAGCAGACAACCUCUUAGCUCCACUGUCAGAUAGUGACGACAUAACGUCACACUCUCCUGAAGAUGAAGACAGCGACUACAACCAAGAAUCUCUGAGCAACGAUACAGACUGUGAAGGCGAUAUGACGACUCACAACAAACACUGUGAAAGCUCUAAAAAGAAGACAGGUAAACAUUUUAACUGCUCAGUUUCUGAUACAAGAUUUUCUCUUAAGAGCCAUUUGGCUCAACACAUGAGAACACACACAGGAGAAAAACCUUUUAGUUGCUUAGACUGUGGUAAACUCUUUGCUCGAAAGACAAACAUGCGAUUGCACCUGAGAACACACACAGGAGAAAAACCUUUUAGUUGCUCAGACUGUGGUAAACACUUCACUCAAAAGACAGCCAUGCAAAGGCACAUGAGAACACACACAGGAGAAAAACCUUUUAGUUGCUCAGACUGUGGUAAACACUUCACUCGAAAGACAAACAUGCAAUCACACAUGAGGACACACACUGGAGAAAAACCUUUUAUUUGCUCAAACUGUGGUAAAGGCUUCACUUUAAAGAAGCACAUGCAAUCACACAUGAGAACACACACAGGACAAAAACCUUUUACUUGCUCAAACUGUGGUCAACACUUCACUCGAAAGACAAACAUGCAAGCGCACAUGAGAACGCACAGAGGAGAAAAACCUUUUAGUUGCUCAGACUGUGGUAAACGCUUCACUCAAAAGCCAAACAUGCAAAGACACAUGAGAUCACAUACAGGAGAAAAAAAACAUUUUGCUUGCUCAAAUUGUGGUAUCACAUUUUCUUGGAAGUGCAAUUUGAAAAGACACAUGCAGAGUCACUGACGGUCUACUCUUCGCCUGACUGACAUGCAGUCACUGUGUUGCCACUGUGUUGUAAUAUUCUCUGCACGUGUCUUUUGUUCAAUAAAUCCAUCUUGUUUUUAUUCACGUGUAAAAGAAAGACAUGGUGACUGCAGUGAUUUCAUUUGAAGUUAAAGGUGUUUUAUUUGACUGUAUGCUGUCAUCACUAAAUGUUGUAACUGAUCAAGUCACUUCCUGUUGAAUUAUUUCACGAUUCGGUCUGGAAAGUAGUGAUUUGAUUCCUUUUACUGACUUGAGUUCUUAUGAUUCACUAAUUGGGGUACGGACCACUUUCAGGAGGCCUUUGAAGGAUUUCAGUUAGCAAAAACAACUACUUUAAUCAUUUUCAUUUUCUUCUUUUGCAGUGUUGAUUGAUUAUACUCAAACAAUUGUAUGUUGUCAAAGGGAAUCAUGUUAUUUUGUUCAUAUUGUUGUGUUACAUAUUGAUGAAAUGUUCACAAAUAAGUGUAUUGAAACAAGCAUUUGUUUUCCCCCGAAAAUAUUGUCUAU